CUUAAAGGGCCGAAGAGCUCUGCGGCCACAGGAUGCCCCCGCGCUGACCACCCAGGGUUCGCGCUGCCCGCGUGGACGUUCCCGGCUCGAUCCCGCGCCACCAUGUAAACGGCACCCGCAGGCGGACGCUGGCUACUCCGCCCCGGACCCCUCCGCCCUUCCCCGGGCCUCCGGGCCCUAGAUGAGGACACACCAUGCUGACUGGGGUGACUGAUGGGAUCUUCUGCUGUUUGCUGGGUGCACCACCCAACACAGUGGGGCCCCUGGAGAACAUCGAGUCCCGCGAUGGCUACACUUUUGUGGAAGUCAAGCCUGGCAGAGUGUUGCGAGUAAAGCAUGCGGGACCCUCCCCAGCACCCACUCCUCCUCCACCACUGCCUGAGGCUGCGCAGGGGGACCUAUCCGGCUUGGUCCACUGCCAGCGCCGGAUCACCGUGUACCGAAAUGGGCGGUUACUGGUAGAGAACCUGGGCCGGGCCCCAAGGGCUGACCUCCUGCAUGGGCAGAACGGCUCUGGGGAGCCGCCGGCCGCUCUAGAGGUAGAGCUGGCUGACCCAGCAGGCAGCGAUGGGCGCUCAGGCCCCGGUGGCACCAGCAGUGGGAGCAAUGGUCGGCGACGGAGAGGUCGGCGCCCCAGGCGGAUCAUCCACAUUGACUGUGAGAAGCGCAUCACCAGCUGCAAGGGUGCCCAGGCUGACGUUGUGCUCUUUUUCAUUCAUGGCGUUGGAGGCUCCCUGGCCAUCUGGAAGGAGCAGCUGGACUUCUUUGUGCGUCUGGGAUACGAGGUGGUGGCACCCGAUCUGGCUGGCCACGGGGCCAGUUCAGCGCCUCAGGUGGCCGCAGCCUACACCUUCUAUGCACUGGCCGAGGACAUGCGCGCCAUCUUCAAGCGCUAUGCCAAGAAGCGAAACGUGCUGAUUGGGCAUUCCUAUGGUGUCUCCUUCUGCACGUUCCUGGCACAUGAAUACCCGGACCUGGUGCACAAAGUGAUCAUGAUCAAUGGCGGGGGUCCCACUGCACUGGAGCCCAGCUUCUGCUCCAUCUUCAACAUGCCUACAUGCAUCCUGCACUGCCUGUCGCCCUGCUUGGCUUGGAGCUUCCUAAAGGCUGGCUUUGCCCGCCAAGGGGCCAAAGAGAAGCAGUUACUGAAAGAAGGCAACGCAUUCAAUGUAUCCUCCUUCGUGCUGCGGGCCAUGAUGAGUGGUCAGUACUGGCCUGAGGGUGACGAGGUCUACCAUGCUGAGCUCACUGUGCCCGUCCUGCUUGUCCACGGCAUGCAUGACAAAUUUGUGCCAGUGGAGGAAGACCAGCGCAUGGCUGAGAUCCUGCUCCUGGCAUUCCUGAAGCUCAUCGAUGAAGGCAGCCACAUGGUGAUGCUGGAGUGCCCAGAGACAGUUAACACACUGCUCCAUGAAUUCCUGCUGUGGGAGCCGGAGCCCUUGCCCAAGGCCCUGCCCGAGUCUCCGCCUGCACCACUGGAGGAGAAGGAGAAGAAGUAGGUGCUGGGUGGGCCAAGGCAUCACUUGGUGAGCUGGAGGAGCUGCAGGAGUAGGCCCAAAGCAGGCGCUGGGUCUGCAGAGUUGACCACCUGGAUCGCCAGUUCGCUCAGGUGGGCGGGGCGUUCGCUCUUUUGGGCGGGGUUAGGUCUGGGAGACGCCCCCAGGCCGACUGCAUUGUUCCUGGGAAACCAGAGGACAAGCUGCUCUCCGCUUGCGUCCUGCUGGACCAUCAGUGUUUUGGGACCGCAGUUGGGUCCCCCGUGGAGGAUGACCUUGUACAGAAGCUCCCUCUCCCCCCGACCCCCAAUGCCACGGCCAAGGAAGGACCCCCAACCCGCUCUGUCUUCCGUGUCAGCCAUGCUUGAUCUUGUAACUCACGAGCCCCACAAGGACACUUAAGUGUCUCACCCCAUUUCCCAGAGCACCCCCACACCCCGUCCCUCAGCGCUGGGAGCUAUUGUUGCCCAAGGGGGUAGGGAUGGGGGCACUGGCACCAUUGAACCUGCACAUCUCAAAUUGUAACUCAAUAAAAAAUAACAAUCUGAAUCUCCAGACUUGUGCUGGAUGACCACAGGGUAGGGUGGCCCUGACCCUCAGUUUCCCCAUAUGCAGACAGGGCUUGUUUCCAGAAUAGCCGCUUUCACAAUUAAUGCAGGGACCACUUGGGUAGUAUUCCCAAAGCAGAAGGCAGAGAGUGGGACUUAGGGUGUGGGUGAGCUCCCUCUCCCUGGAUCAAGCAAGAGGUCUAACAAGUUGAGGGUGAGGAUAAGCAGACUGCAUGAGAUGAGAGCAACCACGAAUGAGUGCCAGCUAUACGCAAGGCCCUGUGCUGGCUGCCUAAUGCCAUGGGUUCAUUGAAUCCCCUUCACCCUAUACCAGCCAGGGAGUAAGUACUUCUUACUAGCUCCACUUAUCUUUCAACAUGGUUUAGGGUGACUUUUGUCAUCAAGCUUUUAUUCUGAAGGUACUGAAUCUGGCUUUUCCUUUUAUGUCUGGUGGGCUUCCCUGCCCACCAUGGUCAUGUUCUAAAGUAACAUUUUCUUCUAAUGUAUAUAUAGUUACCUGUGGUUUGUGAGAAGUGUAAGAGAGAAUUGUCCCUCUGUUGCUGCACCUUCAGUGUUUCCCCACUGGUUUGUUAGUUCACCUUUAGUUUAGACCAGAGCGUCUCAGGGGAGCAACUGUCUAUUAUGAAAUUCUGGAGACAGUUUUGACUGCCACAACUGCAGCGGACAAGCUACUGACUUCUGUUGGCAGGAGCCCAGGGGUGCUGCCUGACAUUCUGCAAUGCACAGGUCUGCCCCAACAUCAAACAGUAACUUGGCUUCAAACGCUAGAGGGAAAUAAAUCCUAUCAUUUUUGGGUCUCUGCCUUCUUUCCCAGUGACUCCUUUGUGAAUCCCUGGGUGAUGGCACGUGGUUUUCAUUGUUAUCGCUUUAUCAAGUGACUUCGGGUGUGGACCUUCCUGUUUUACAUUUAAGAAAUGGAAGAUCAGAAAUUUCUCCAACUUGGCUACAGUGGUAGAGCCCAGACCUGUCUCACUGGUAGUGGCCCCUAAUGUCAAAGCCAUUCCCAAGGAACCAGGGGCCCAGCAGAGAGGAACGGGGGCAGGAGGAAUCAGCUUCCAGUUACAGUCCAUCCCCAGAAGGACUUAUUAGCUGAGCCUCAGUAACGGGCAGGUAAUGAAGCAGCAGAUCCCAAGUCCCUAAACCUAUUGGGCACUUUGAAAAAGCAACUUUUGGAAAACUUAAAAGAUCCUGCCAACACCUUAUCAGGAGGGUGACUUGACACUGAAGCUCUUUGCCUGUGUGAGUAGUUUGAAAUCACAGAACCAGGAUCACCAGGAAGUCAGAGUUACUGAUGCAAUUUUACAAUGGAAGAAGUGGUUCAGAGAAGCAACUUCCAAGUCACACAAGUCACACAAUGAUACCAAGGAGAGCUGGUUUUUCACCUGUACACCCCAUAAUCUCCCAGGGCUGUCCGUCCAUCACCACAGACUUUCCAUCUGAGCUGCAGGAUGGCAUCUGGCUUAGUACAGGACUCUGGGUCACGCUUAACCCUAACAGCCUUUGUUUAAUCAGCUCUCCACAGAGCUAAGACCUCUCACUGUUCACAGUGUAAAACUGAGGGAAGUGAGUCUCAGACACAAAUUACUGGUCUGAGGAACCAUAGCUGGGAAGCAGCAAAGCUUGGCUCUUCAGUUGGGCAGAUUCCUGAGUCCAUCCCAGAAUGUGGGCCCCCUUUGUCUGGGAGAUAAUCGUGAAAUCUGUCCACACAAACAGGACCAAACUAACAAAGCACACCAUGUUCUGAAGCACCAGAAUGUUCCAAAUAACCUUCCGGUCCUUACUUAUUCUCCUAUGAUAGGGAGUUCAUUGCCUCUCCAGCAGUUCUGUCUGUAACAAAGUCCUCCCUCAACCUGACAGGGAAUUAGACUGCUGCAUAUGUCCCCCACCCCAGCCUUCUGGAGCUGGAGAUCAGGAAUUGCUCUUUUUUCGUGGGGCAGUUGCAAUAAACAACUCUGACCUCUCAGUCUAGAUGGCCAACCCCUCAGUGUUCAACCACGGGCCUGGAUGUCCUGGGGUCUCAGUUCUCGUUCACCCUCAGCCAGGAAGACAAGGAGGGCACGGUACAGCAAAUGCACCCCCAAGCGGCGCCGCCGAGCAGGUGACCAGCCUGCUACCACUCCAUAGCAGUGUCCUUGUUUCUGGUUGGUCAGCAUCUGGAUCCCUGAAGAGAUUGACAGUGAGGUCACAAUUAAUGACAGUUACAGGGACACCCCAGCAAAGUAUAUGAUAAUGAACUCACUGUGUAUUGCCUUUAAACAGGGAUAAACCAAUAUGUGCACAUGCAGGUACAAAGUUGGUACUCAAUAGUUGCUCAUAACAAUGAAUCUAAAGUCCUGAGAGGGAAGGGCUGAGGGAAAUGGUAGACCAAAUGACCCCUAUGUGACUCCCACCCCAUGAGCCAAGCACCCACCUAGAGCAUCCACAAGACAUGCCUCUCUAGUAUAAGCCUCCACAGCCACCACAUGCUGGAAGCAAUGCAGAGAGAUAACACCAUGGCCACUGGCCCAAAUGUCCAAGAUCUGGCGUACCUUCGGGCAGGCCUGCAAGGUCAGGAUAGGGUCAGGCGUCUGCCCCAAUACCUUCUUUCCUCUACCUGGCUACCCCUGGCAUGACCCUACUCUUUAUCCCAUACCUGCUUUCCUGGCUGCCUACGGUGGCUGAGGGCCUCCCAGAGGUGGACAUUGGGGCGGGCUCGUGUCCCCUUGCCCACAUAGAAGAUGGCACGGACAAAAGUUCGAAGGCGCUCCACCGGGGUCAGUGAAGAGGCCCGGGCUGGCAGGUCUUGAGUCUCCCUGGAUGAAGUGGGUGGUUCAGAGAGGAAAAAAAUGAGAAGACUCUUCCCAGAUACAUUCUCUAAAGUAAGAGAGCAGGGCCUCCCUGGUGGCGCAAGGGGUUAAGCACUGCACUAUGAAGCAAUUCGCAGCCUCUGCAGCACGAGUUUGAUCCCCGGCUGGCCAGGGAGAAAUCCACAUAGCGAGGCAGACCUCUCCUGUCUCGCCCACUGCUCCCCUCAGCAGUGUAUUUCAGUCAUUCUGCCUGUUCUGCUCCCCACUCUGUCUCUGGUGAGUCCUCUCACCCCCCACACCUCUGGCCUGUACCCUAGCUCUUGUACGCAUAAAUAAAUCUUUAAAAAAAAAAAGGGAGCAAACUGGAUCCUCAUCUAGUAGCCCCCAUUUUAUAGGGCGAUAGAAGUGCCUGCUCCCCAAGGACAGCAUGAGUUGUCAACAGUAUGAGUUGAGUCCAAUUGCCUCUUGCAGAUAAAGAAGCUAAUGUCUAGAGAGGGUCAGUUCACUUCUUAAGGACACAGAGCAAAUAAGAAUCAAUCACAGAAUUUUCCAGUUCCCACUUCUAGAUCAUUCCCGCCCAGUACCUGGGGUCCAGCAGCAGAUAAGUAAAGCUAGACUUCAUGAUCCCCUCCCUCCACCUUCUGGUGGGAUCUGGCUGCUCAAACUGCUGGGCAAGCACAUCCUCGUCUGCCUGGGCAUUUGGGAUCUGGCCUGUUCGUAAGGCCUCAGCCAGCUCUGGACUGUGUCCUGAAAAGUUUAAACCUGGGAGGAGAAACUGAGUCAAGGAAGACAGAGGGGGGAGUAGUUCCCAGAGAUGUAUAAUUGAGAAGUAGGUACAACUGAGAGCUAGGGGCCUCUGGGGACUCCAGGAAGCUCCAUGGGCCCCAGAAGCCCAGAAGGGACUAACCAGGAGCAAUCUGGAGCUCUUUCAGUCGCUGGAGGUAGUACGGGCGGGUGAAGGGAGUGACAGGCCCAGGGUUCUGCCCAAGUGCUCGGAGGCCCUGCAGCAGCUCCAGAUCAGACAUGGUGGGGACCGGAAGGCAGCAAGAGGGGAUGGGGUCCUUGCCACUUGUGGAGUUUGCCUCAUCUUCCGUCAGCCGGAGCGCAGCCACAUCACUGUUGAGGGACGAACGGUCCUCUUCCAGGAAGUGGGAGUUGCAGGGGUCAGGUAGUAGUUCCCUAGGUG